AGACUUGAUAGGAUUGACUGGAGUACCGACAAUAUUGUCAUUGUCGACUGCUGAAUGUCAUGUGUUCCUAUUUAUUUUUUUCUUAAUAUUUCGUAUUUUGUCAUAUAAAUAAAUGUAUAUUUUAUUAGUUAGACGUAACUCGUGGAUACGUAUACCCACACACUAAGUUUAUUACCAAGUUUACCUAGUUUAUAGGUCAAUGCGUGGAUAGAAAUAUAGUAUACAUUCACCAAAAAAUAAAAUAUUCUUAAUAAAUAAAGAUAAUUUUAUUAAUUUUUGUUAUAAUUUCGAUAAUAAUUAGUGUUGGUGCAAAUUAUGGUAGAUAUUAUAAUGGUAAAUUCCUUUGGUAAUAAUAUCAGCUAAUAAAUUAUCCAGUGUGAUUGAGCACCUGUAAGCGUAACCAGUCACGUUAUUUAAUUGAAAAACAAACAAUAGAGAGGACAUAAUAUGGAACCAUUAGGAAUAACUACUGAUGAUUGCGGGAUAAACUCCAAGUAUAAAGAUAUACUACACAGGUCCAGUAUGUUGUCUAUACCACUCAUCAGGUGUGAUGAUCCUGUAUUUAAUGGAAUUAUAAAAGAGGAAAUUACUGAAGAAAUAGACCAUAGAUCAUUUCAAAUAGGAACUGAAACUGAAGACAAAAUUAACACAAUUGAUAAAGAAAUAAAAACUGAAGUAAAUUGUAUUGACUGUUUUGCAUUUGAAGGAACAGCUUUAAGCGAAAGCAAUUCUGCUGAUAUCAUAACUAACUGCCUAAGGAAAAAUCCAUUGGAUAAUAACUGUGAUAAAAUGUCUACAGCAUCCAAAUUAAGGAAGCAUACAAGUACGCAAACCGGUGAAAAAACGUAUGAAUAUGAAGACUGUGAUCAAGCUUUUUCCCGAAAAUCACUUUUAACGAUCCAUACAAGGAUACACGCCGGUGAAAAACCGUAUAAAUGUGACGACUGUGAUAAAGCGUUUUCAUGGAAAUCACUUUUAACAGAACAUAUAAGGACACAUACCGGCGAAAAACCGUACAUAUGUAAUAGCUGUGAGCAAGCGUUUUCUUAUAAAUCAAGUUUAAUAAGACAUACAAAGAGACAUACCGGCGAAAAACCGUUUAAGUGUUAUAUCUGUGAUCAAGCAUUUUCCCGGAAAUCACUUUUAACGACGCAUACAAGGACACAUACCGGCGAAAAACCGUACAUAUGUAAUACCUGUGAUCAAGCAUUUUCUCAUUAUUCAAGUUUAAUAAAUCAUACAAGGACACAUACCGGUGAAAAACCGUUUAAAUGUGAUACCUGUGAUCAAGCGUUUUCGCGGAAAUCAAGUUUAAAAUAUCAUACAAGUUUACACACCGGUGAAAAGCCGUUUAGAUGUAAUGACUGUGAUAAAACGUUCUCUCGGAUAUCAGAUUUAAAAUGUCAUAUAAGGAUGCACACUGGUGAAAAACCCUAUAAAUGUAAUAACUGUGAUAAAGCGUUUUCUGAUAAAUCAAAUUUGACUAGGCAUACAACGACACGUACCGGCGAAAAGCUGUUUAAAUGUGAUGACUGUGAUAAAGCGUUCUCUCAGAAAUCAAAUUUAAAAUGUCAUACAAGGAUACACACUGGUGAAAAACUGUUUAAAUGUAAUAACUGUGAUAAAGCGUUUUCUCGUAAACCAAGUUUAAUAAGCCAUACAACGACACAUACCGGCGAAAAACCGUUUAAAUGUGAUACAUGUCAUCGAGCUUUUGCUCUUAAAAAUACUUUAGAAAUGCAUACAACGACACACACUGGUGAAAAACUGUUUAAAUGUAAUAACUGUGAUGAAGCGUUUUCUCGUAAAUCAAGUUUAAUAAUCCAUACAACGACACAUACCGGCGAAAAACCGUUUAAAUGUGAUGACUGUGAUAAAACGUUCUCUCAGAAAUCAAAUUUAAAAUGUCAUACAAGGAUACACACUGGUGAAAAACUGUUUAAAUGUAAUAACUGUGAUAAAGCGUUUUCUCGUAAACUAAGUUUAAUAAGCCAUUCAACGACACAUACCGGCGAAAAACCGUUUAAAUGUGAUACAUGUCAUCGAGCUUUUGCUCUCAAAAAAACUUUAGAAAUUCAUACAAGGAUACAUACCAGCGAAAAACCAUACAAAUGUAAUAGCUGUGAGCGAGCGUUUUCUCAGAAAUCACAUUUAACGGUCCAUACAAGGAUACAUACCGGUGAAAAACCGUACAUAUGUAAUACCUGUGAUCAAGCGUUUUCUUUAAAAUCACAUUUAAUAGUGCAUACAAGGACACAUACCGGCGAAAAGCCGUUCAAAUGUGAUGACUGUGAUAAAGCGUUCUCUCAGAAAUCAAAUUUAAAAUGUCAUACAAGGAUACACACUGGUGAAAAACUGUUUAAAUGUAAUAACUGUGAUAAAGCGUUUUCUCGUAAACCAAGUUUAAUAAGCCAUACAACGACACAUACCGGCGAAAAACCGUUUAAAUGUGAUACAUGUCAUCGAGCUUUUGCUCUCAAAAAAACUUUAGAAAUUCAUACAAGGAUACAUACCAGUGAAAAACCGUACAAAUGUAAUAGCUGUGAGCGAGCGUUUUCUCAGAAAUCACAUUUAACGGUCCAUACAAGGAUACAUACCGGUGAAAAACCGUACAUAUGUAAUACCUGUGAUCAAGCGUUUUCUUUAAAAUCACAUUUAAUAGUGCAUACAAGGACACAUACCGGCGAAAAGCCGUUCAAAUGUGAUAGCUGUGAUCAAGCGUUUUCUCAGAGUUCAAAUUUAAUAAGACAUAAGAAAACACAUACCGGCGAAAAUCCGUAUAAAUGUGAUAACUGUGAUCAAACGUUUUCUCGGAAAUCACAUUUAACGAUACAUACCGGCGAAAAGCUGUUUAAAAGUGAUACAUGUUAUUGAGCUUUUUUUCGUAAAAAAACUUUAAGACGGCAUACAAUGACAAAUACCAGAUAAAUGCCGUAUAAAUGCGAUAUCUGUUACCAAUUGUUUCGUCUUUAAUCACAUUUAAAAAUCUAGACAUGGAUACAUGCCGAAGAAACCUGUAUAAAAUAUGGCAAAUUCGUGAUAUUAUUCUAAAUCGACUAAAGCAUAAAGUUAAAAAACUAAACGAGGAUACCAUACCCGGAAAAGUCUUAAAAAAUAAACCAUAUGAUUCAAGACAUAUAAAAAUUAUUUUCUUACCUACAAUUUAUUUUAUAAUUUAAACAACAAUAAUAUCAGUUCUUUAUCAUCAAUAUAAUAUAACAUCAGUUCACUCCAAAAUAAACAAUUACCAAUCAUUUCAAUACCAAUUUAACAAAAAAGACACACCCCGUAGUUUGAAAAAAUCAAACACUCUUCGUAAUAAUAAACAACGAAUUCAUAGACUACAUCCACUUCUAUACAGACUCGUCUAAAACAACAAAUAAGACAGGUUUCAUCAUUACACACACCGAAGAUAACAGUCUCCGUAAAAUGGUUCCUUUCUCCAGCAUAUCCACUGCAGAAACUUUCGCCGUACUCGAACCUAUAAUCUCAUUCUCCAAAAACCACAAUAAUGCCCUCAUCUUAAGCUACUCUUUGAGCGGAAUCACCUCAAUUAACAUACGUACAUACAAAAUUAAACCUCGCCCGAAGCAUUCAAAAUACAAUCCUUACGAACCACUGAUUUAUCAAACUAUUCAUACUCAUAUGGGUUCCAUUAUAUGGAAACGAUUGUUGGCUGUUAAACCUUGUAUUUGUAAUCUUAAAUAAAUAAUAAAAAGAAAACAUAAAACAUAUUCAUAUUUUUAUUCCUUCCUUCAAUUUAAUCAUUAAUAAAGUAUUAUUAUUUUAGUUAUCUUAUUGUUUAUCUUUAUAGUGCUUAGUAUGAUAGUGGUAAGUAUCCCAACCUGUCACGGGGGAGACCGCCCAUACUUCAUAAAAAUAUUUCCUAACGAUAGUAAAAAUACUUUCAGGAAAAUAAUACAGUUGUCAAAAUAUUUUUAAAA